AUGCCUUCCUUCACCGUUCCUCCAGUUGUGCUGUUCGUGGUGCUGCACAUCUUGGCCUCUCCCGCCACCGCAUGCACCGAGCAGGAGAAGCAUAAUCUGCUCCGGUUCCUAGCCGGGCUAUCGCGAGAUGGUGGCCUCGCCACGUCAUGGCGCGACAACAGCACGAACUGCUGCAAGUGGGAAGGCGUCGUCUGCAAUGAAGAUGAGGCCGUUACUGAGGUAUCCCUGGGAUCUAAAGGACUUGAAGGGUGCAUCUCGCCAUCCCUGGCCAACCUCACCAGCCUGCUACAUGUCAAUCUCUCGUACAACCCCUUCUCUGGUGGCCUUUUGCCAGAGCUCAUGUCCUCCGGAAGCAUCAUCAUCCUUGACGUCAGCUUCAACCAGCUCAACGGACCGCUGCCCGACCUGCCGUACUUGGUUACCACCAACCGGCCUCUGCAGGUACUCAACAUCUCAAGCAACCAGUUCAGCUCAAAAUUUCCAUCAGCCACAUGGAAGGUGAUGAAAAAUCUGAUUGCACUCAACGCCAGCAAUAACAGCUUCACCGGGAACAUACCGUCUUCUCUCUGCCUUGGCUCGCCAUAUUUGGUAUUGCUUGACCUCUGUUAUAACCAAUUGAGUGGCAAUAUUCCCACUGCACUAGGUGAUUGCUCCAAGCUCAAAGUGCUCAAGGUGGGCCAUAACAACCUCAGUGGGACUCUCCCUGUUGAAAUCUUCCACGCUGCCUCGCUAGAGUACCUCUCCUUCCCCAACAAUGGUUUACAAGGAGAACUUGAUGGAGCACACAUAGUCAGACGCAGUAAUAUUCGUACUCUUGACCUUGGAGGGAACCACAUCAGUGGCAAAAUUCCAGAGUCCAUAGGUCAGCUCACAAGGCUGGAGGAGCUCCAUUUGGGUAACAAUAACAUGUCUGGGGAGCUGCCAUCAACUCUGAGCAACUGCAAAAAUCUCAAAACCAUUGAUCUGAAGCUCAAUGACUUCAGUGGAGACCUAGGCAAGGUAAACUUCGCCACCCUACAGAAUCUAAAAAGUUUAGAUCUCAUUAAGAAUAAUCUCAAUGGGAUAGUUCCAGAAAGCAUUUACUCAUGCAGCAAUUUGACUGCUCUGCGGUUGUCGGGCAACCAUUUCCAUGGUGAGAUCUCACUGAGAAUAGGCAAUCUGAAGCACUUGUCCUUCCUGUCACUUGUUAGAAACUCUUUCACGAACAUCACAAAAACUUUGCAUGCCCUUGAGAGCUGUAGGAACAUCAGCAUCCUGCUUAUUGGCAGAAACUUCAUGAAUGAGGCCAUGCCACAAGAUGAAAUCAUUGACGGUUUUCAGAAUCUUCAGUUUCUCUCCAUGUGCCAGUGUUCCUUGACUGGAAGGAUACCUGCUUGGUUGUCAAAGCUCACAAGUCUGAAGAUUGCAUGCACCGAACAGGAGAAGCGCAACCUCCUCCAGUUCCUUGCCGGACUGUCGCGUGAUGGUGGCAUCGCCACGUCCUGGCACAACAGCGGCACAGACUGCUGCGAGUGGGAAGGCAUCUCCUGCAAUGGAGAUGGGGCCGUCACUGGGGUCUCCCUGGAGUCCAAAGGACUUGAAGGGCCCAUCUCACCGUUCCUCGCCAACCUCACCAGCCUGCUGCGUGUUAACCUCUCGCACAACUCAUUCUCCGGUGGUCUACCAGCGGAGCUCGUGUUCUCUGGAAGCAUCAUCGUCCUCGAUGUCAGCUUCAGUCGGCUCAACGGACCGCUGCCUGAGUUUCCGUCCUUGGUUACCACCAACCGGCCUCUGCAGGUACUCAACAUCUCAAGCAACCAGUUCAGCUCGCAAUUUCCAUCAGCCACAUGGAAGGUGAUGAACAGUCUGAUCGCGCUCAACGCCAGCAAUAACAGCUUCACUGGGAACAUACCACCUUCUCUCUGCCUUGGGUCGCCAUAUUUAGCUUUGCUUGACCUCUGUUACAACCAAUUGAGUGGUGACAUACCAAACACGUUGGGUAAUUGUUCCAAGCUCAAAGUGCUCAAGGCUGGCAACAACAACCUAAGUGGGAUUCUCCCUGUUGAUACCUUCUGCGCUACCUCGCUGGAGUACCUCUCCUUCCCCAACAAUGGUUUACAAGGAGAACUUGAUGGAGCACAUAUAGUCAAACUCAGUAAUCUAGCUACUCUUGACCUUGAAGGGAAUCACUUCAGUGGCAAGAUUCCACAGUCGAUAGGUCUGCUCAAGAGGCUGGAGGAGCUGCAUUUUGGUAGCAAUGACAUGUCUGGGGAGUUGCCAUCAACACUGGGCAACUGUACAAAUCUCAAAAUCAUUGAUCUGAAGUUCAACAACUUCAGUGGAGAUCUGGGGAAGGUAAACUUCGCUGCCCUACAGAAUCUAAAAAGUUUAGAUCUCCUGAGGAACAAUCUCAGUGGUAUAAUUCCAGAAAGCAUUUACUCAUGCAGCAAUUUGACAGCACUGCGGCUGUCAGAGAACCAUUUCCGUGGUGAAAUCUCAUCAAGAAUUGGCAAUCUGAAGCACCUGUCCUUCCUAUCAAUUAGUAGAAACUCCUUUACAAAUAUCACAAAAGUUUUGCAUGCCCUUAAGAGCUGCAGGAAUAUCAGCGCCUUGGUUAUUGGCACAAACUUCAUGAAUGAGGCCAUGCCACAAGAUGAAACCAUUGAUGGUUUUCAGAAUCUUCAACUUCUUACCAUGGACUGGUGUUCGUUGACUGGAAGGGUACCUAUUUGGUUAUCAAAGCUCACAAAUCUGAAGAUACUACAAUUACAAAGUAAUCGACUCACUGGAACGAUGCCAAGCUGGAUCAACUCACUAAAUUACCUCUUCAGUCUGGAUGUAUCAAACAACAGCCUUACUGGGACAAUCCCAAUCACCUUGAUGGAGAUGCCAAUGCUAAAAUCAGACAAUGCUGCCAUAUAUUUGGACCCAAACCUCGUUGAUCUACCAAUUUUUUAUGUGUACCCAUCAUUUCAGUACCGCAUGGGCAGUGAUUGGCCAAAAGUGCUGAAACUCGGUAAGAAUAAACUCACCGGUACAAUCCCCCAAGAGAUUGGUCAUCUGAAAGCACUCCUUUGCCUGGACUUGAGUUUCAACAACUUUUAUGGAGAGAUACCACAAUCAGUCUGCAACCUGACGAACCUGCAGAUCCUAGAUUUGUCUAAUAACCAUCUGACUGGUGAAAUUCCUGCGGCAUUUGAGACCCUUCACUUCCUUUCUGAGUUCAACAUGUCUAACAACGACCUAGGAGGACCUAUUCCAACAACAGGCCAGCUGAGCACGUUUCCAACUUCUAGUUUUGACGGGAACCCGAAGCUGUGCGGCUCUCUGCUUAUUAGGGAUUGCAGUUCGGCUGAAGAAGCUCCCAUGUACAUCAUCUCUGCAAGAGAAUACAGCAUGAAGGUCAUCUUUGCGAUAUCGUUUGGUCUUUUCUUUGGGGUAGGGGUGCUAUAUGACCAGUUAAUAUUAUUCAGAUAUUUUGGGUAAGCCCAGUUCAACUGCAAUAUGGUCUAGUAUGCAAAAGAUAGAGGUGAACAUGCCUUAGUUGUUCACAUCUUUGUAUCCACCUCAACCGCGUCGUACUAAUAUAUUAGUAGAAUCUUUUAAAGUUGUAUGUUGUUUGCUUGCUGAUGAAUAAUAAUUGAUGAUAACCCCCCCAGUUCGUGUGCCUUUGAUCAUAAGCCCCCCUUUGUGUCACUGACAUGUGAGGUCCGCCGAUGGCUGCAUAUAUAACAAAUUGGUCCUCCAAAAAACAACUACUGACAAAGUUGGCAUGAUCAAAUAUCAAGUUUAAGCAAGAACGCUGAUGAAAUUCCUCUAACCCAAGUUUUACAAAUACAAAAAAAAGGGAUAAAUAUUGG